AUGGACGCGCAACAGGUUAAAGUGUCAUGCCCGGAGUCGCAACAGACAGCCACGCAGGCAGCCCAAGAAGAAGCACUUUUACCGAAAAGAGGGGGUACGUCUGUGAUUUGGAUACAUUUUGGGUUCAAGAGGUCCGACACGGAGCAGAAGACGGCCAUAUGCAAACUAUGUUACAAGACUAUUCCCGCGCCCGAUGCCAACACAACAAACCUCUUCUAUCACCUAAAGAAGGUCCACGAAAAAGAAUAUAUAAAAAUCCAAAAAAUCCGAGCUAAACCAAGUUGUGGAACAGCGGGGGCAAGUUGUGAAAAGAAAAACUAUAGCCAACCUAAGAUAAAGCAGUCUUUCGCACAAGGUACGCCGUAUGAGAAAACGUCCCAGCGCCAUAAACAAAUCACAUGUGCCAUCUCGCGUUACAUUUGUAAAGGCAUGGCUCCCGUGCAUGUAGUUGAGAAGGACAGCUUUCGAGACCUCGUCAAAGUCCUUGAUCCGAGGUACGUUAUGCCCGGUCGUAAGCACUUCAGUAAAGUCGAGUUGCCUCGCUUAUAUGACGCAUGCCGGGCCAAAGUAGAGAAGGAUGUUUGCAGUGUGGUGCAUUAUGCCUUGACAACUGACCUGUGGACGAGCAGAGCUACGCAGCCCUACAUGAGCGUAACCAUCCAUUUCAUCAGCAAAGACUGGACCCUCUGCGCCCGCUGUUUACAGACUUUGUACUUUCCAGAUGACCACACAGGAGUCAUGCUAGCCCAAGGUCUGAGAGAUACACUGGAGUCAUGGGGACUGCAAGAAUGCCACCUUGUCUGUGUCACCACGGAUAACGCCACUAACAACAUCUCUGCAAUGGAACUGAAUGAGUGGGAACGGCUACAAUGCUUUGGUCACCGUCUACAGCUAGCCAUUGAGAACGCUCUAAAAGCUCUCACACCAGCAUCUACAAAGCAGGCUGUGGAACGAGCAGUUGGAGUGUGCAAAAAGGUGGUGAGUACCUUCUCCAACUCAUGGAAGAGAAAACGUGACUUGGCCAAGGCGCAAGCAGUGUUGGGCUUGCCUCCCCAUCAGCUCAUCACUGAAACCCCCACAAGAUGGGGCUCGCGGCAGAUGAUGAUAGCGAGGUUCCUAGAGCAGGAGAAAGCUCUUUCACAAGUCCUCCUUGCAGACAAGAAGGCAAGACAUCUGGUGCCAAGCUGGCAAGACAUGGCAUUGCUAGAGUCCUUGAACAAGGCACUGGGUCCACUGUUCGAAUUUAUUGACGCUUUGUCGGGGGAGAGGUAUGUCACCGUAUCUUUUCUGAAGCCAGUACUGCACCUCUUCAACAACGAAAUCCUCAGCCGGAAGGAUGGGGACACAGAGCUCACAAAAGCAGUCAAAGAGGGUAUCCUCAAGUACCUCAAUGAAAAGUAUGAUGACCAUACCACCAACAAUCUCCUAGACAUGGCGACACUUGUUGACCCACGGUUUAAGACAGCCUACAUGAAGGAAGAGAGGGUGGAGUUCAUAAAGAUGAGGGCUACAGCAGAGCUGGUGGACAUGGUGGGAGCCACGGCACCAGAAAGUGCACAAACAGCAGCAGCCUCCAGUUCACCCCCAGCUGCUGAAGAUGAUCCAGAGCUUCCCCAUCCCACAAAGAAAACAAAGAAAAGUUUAGGUAGCUACUUCAGAAAGGCAGGUCAAGCCACCACCCAUUCCCAGCCAAGCAGAGCAUCCAUUGAACUGGAGCUCUCUAUGUAUCUUCAGGCACUUGGGCCUGACUCAGAGACAGACCCACUGGAAUGGUGGAAGCAGCAUGAGAUGAACUUCCCAUUGGUGGCCAGGCUCGCCAAAAAGUACUUGUGCAUUCCAGCUACUAGUUCUUCAUCUGAAAGGGCCUUCAGUGCGAGUGGGAACAUCAUCACAUGUAAGAGGUCAUGUCUUAAGCCAAACACAGUAGACCAACUUGUCUUCCUCGCACUCAACCUGUAAAUUUGACAGAAACAUAUCUACUUCUACAAAGUAGCCUUUUAUGUUUGCAUUUUUAUUUAUGGUUAAUGCCUUAAACAGAGUUCUGUUCAACCCUAAUGUUUACUUUUGACACUUUAUAUUGGUUUGCAAACUUUGCACUACAAGGUUACAGAUUUCAGAAAGUUGAAAAAUAAUUUGUUUAUUUUUUAUAGCUGAACUUCUGUGCAAAAAUGUUUUUUUCUUCUCAGAAACUUGAAACUGUUGUGCACUUUAAAAAAAAAACCUUAAAAAUAGAGUUUAUUUUGACAAUUCAGUUUAAAUAACUAUGAUUUUGAAAAAAAUGUGAAGACUACUGUACCUCCGCCACAGCUGUUUUCAUUAGAUACAUUUAUAUUGCUGCACUAAAAUGUAUGUUUCUCAUUUGUGACAGUUGAGGUAAAUGUCACUUCAAAAUAAAGUUGGAGAAAAGCAAGCAAUGAAAUUUUUGUCAAACUUUUUAGAGAAUAACUGAAAACAUACUUUUUGUGGU